AUGGUGCAAGGUGUGUCCUUAGCUUCUCUAACAGCCUCAGGAAACUGUGGAGUUUAUGGAUUGAUUAUGCCGAAGUGGAGGCAUUUCAAGCUAUCGAGGAAAAUCCAUGGCCAAUGCCCUUUGCAUCAGUGUGUUCAAGGAUUACAAUUUAUUGGUAACCCGAACAUAUUAAGACGAAGAAAUUUAAGGGUUGAAGCUGGAUGGCUGUUUAACAAAGAGGGUGAACAGGAGCUGGACGCAAGCUCUGAACGUAGUGAGAGUGCGAAUGAAGAUAUACUGAUUUUCUUUUUUCAGUUAGAUUUGGCCACUCGAGUUCAGUAUGCUUUGAACGUGGAGCAGUAUGACAUCGCACAGCAACUGAGAAACAAGCUUACAGAGGUUACAUCCCAUUUCCGGGCUUAUUAUGAUUUGAUUUUCAAUUGUGUUGUCAGUUUCAUGCUGAAUGAGUUCGCUUCUUGGAAGGUUGAAGCUGAGGUCAUUGGGCAGCAGGAAGCAAAGAGGGGAUCAUCUUCUAAGAGUGAAGCUCAAGAUAAGGCUAUACGUAUCAUACGACUACGUGCAGACCUCCAGACUGCAAUUGAGAAUGAGAAUUAUGCUGUGGCAGCUGAAUUACGAGAUCAAAUUUCAGAACUGGAAGCAGAGUCUUUGGCUGCAUCUGCAAAAGCUCUGGUAUAUGAAAAUGCACAUUGCAUUAAAUAUGUAGAAAAGGAGUCCAUUGAGAUGUAUUCAUGCCAUGGGAGCACAUCUGAAGAGCCAAAUGUUAUGAUUUUGAACUCUAUGCAUGCUGGCUUUUCUUUCCCUGAUACUGGUAGUUCCCGAUUUCCGUAUUGGUCGAAUAACUAUAAUUUCCAUAGAUGCUAUCGAGCUGUGGUUUGUGGAAUGGAUCCAGUGUGCUGUGAGUCAAGUUCAUGGAUGGAAACAGCACAUGUUGAAAAGUUAGCUCGUGGUUCUAGUCAGCCAUUUUAUCAGGUUCAAUGCAUCUCCCACUUUGUUGUCGGAGAAAGGCUCAAGGGGCAUGCUUUCUCCCCUGCUUCAUAUGUUCCCGAGGAAAAUUUGGUUGCUCCUGAGAAACCAGAUCAGGGAAGGUUUGAUCAUCCCUAUAUAUCAUUCCUAUUCUAUGGGAUGGAUACAGCAGGGGAUUUUAUCCCAAUCAAGCAGCUGCGUGAAAAGUACAGUAGGCCUCGGCAUGAAGUGCCAAUUGACCCACCAGAUGAUGAUAAUGGUGGUGGUGGUGGUGAUGGUUAA